UAACAGCAAUCCCGAAGAGAACAGCAAGAUAGAAGAAGGAUAAGGCUGCUGUUAUCUCUCUCAGCAAAUCUGAAAACUCAAUGGAAAGGAUACACAGGUGAAAACUCUUCAAAUCAAAUGCCUCUUCCCUCAAGAACAAUACUACAUCAAGAUAGCAUCACUGCCAUUAUUCCAAGUGUUUAUUCGCUUAAUCCCUUUACUUCCCACCAAUUUAAAGUCCAACCUCUCAUCUAUUUGGCCUCCCCUGUCAAACCCAUUUCAAUAAUUUCAUUAUACAAUAAUGGGUUUCGUUCUAUUUCUCAAAGAAAGACUGGAGCUGAAUUUAAGGACAAGAAUCAUGAACAGGAGGAAUCCAGUGAUUAUUCUGAAUUGAAGCAGAAACUUGAUGAAGUUGGUCUCAAUUACUACAAUUCUUGUUCACCUGGCCAGUAUCAUCUCUUGUUUUGCCCCAAGUGUAAAGGUGGACGAUCAUCGGUGAGGAGUCUAUCCUUUCAUAUCACCCCAGAUAGAACUUCGGCAAUCUGGAGGUGUUUUACGGAUGAAUGUGGAUGGGCAGGCCAGGUUAUUCCAGGUAGUUGGACGAACAUUAGUGGCGAUAACCAAUUUGGAAAAAGGCAGAAGCUACAACCAUUAGGAGAUGAGCUGAUUGCAUAUUUUGCUGGGAGAAUGAUAUCAAAACAAACACUAGAGAAAAAUUGUGUUAUGCAAGUGGCAGGUCAGAAGGAUAUUAUUGCUUUUACUUACAGGAGAAAUGGAAUCAUUGUUGGUUGCAAGUAUCGAACUAUGGACAAAAGCUUUUGGCAGGAGAAGGGUACAGAAAAGACAUUAUAUGGACUUGAUGACAUAAAAGAAGCAGAUGAGGUUAUCAUUGUCGAAGGUGAGAUAGACAAGCUCUCACUGGAAGAAGCUGGCAUUUCUAACUGCGUGAGUGUUCCUGCUGGUGCGCCACAGACAGUUUCUAUCAAAGAAUUACCGACUCUGGAAAAGGACACUGGAUUUCAGUAUAUAUGGAACUGCAAAAAGUACUUGAACAAGGCAUCGCGCAUAAUAAUUGCUACUGAUGCUGAUGUGUCUGGUGAUGCUUUAGCUGAAGAACUAGCACGGCGACUAGGAAGAGAAAGGUCAAAAUGCUGGAGAGUACACUGGCCAAAGAAAGAUGAAAUCAACUGCUUCAAAGAUGCAAAUGAGGUUCUCAUGAAUCUAGGGCCAAAUGCUCUGAGAGAAACAAUCUACAGCAUGCAAUUGCAUCACAUGUACCUUUUCAAUGAAACCAUCCAAGGUGUAUAGAAGAAUGCUUAUGUUGCAGAUGGUAAUCAAUGAUGGAUGUUAGUAGUAUUCUAGAAAAUUUACACUACAUCAUCAUUUUCAAAGAUGCAGGAUGUAGACAAUUUCUCUUGCAUCAGGUUUCAUCUUCCAGAUGCAAGAACUUCCAUUACAGGGUUGAACUCCAAUUGUUUAAGAAAUAUAUAGAAUGGCUCUAACAAAAACAGAUGGGGAUAAAAUGUUGCAUGUGAAGAGUGUUUUCAUGGGUGUGCAUCGGUUUGCAUGUACCCAUUCUGUUGUUCAUCCGUAUUGCAAAUGCAGAGUAAAUUUAGUGCUCUUUAA